AUGCGGAGGAUGGAAUUCUCAAGAGAGUACUCAAAAAACCUAGGAGCCAAUCUCACACUUUCCUCGCAUCUCUCUCCUUCUCUACAGACGGUGGUUAUGGCUGUGGUGCGUGACCGAGCGGCGUGGCUGUCUCGCAAUAAAAACGACACCUUUGUCGACGCUGUUGCUGAGAAUCUUCUUGACCGUUUAGAGGAUUGUAAGAAGAGUUUUCUCUCUGCAUUUUGUUUGGGAGGUUCUCUUGGUGCUGUUCAGCGUUUACUACGUGGUCACGAGUUUCUCCCUAUCAAAGAGAGUUUCGUUGAUUUGAUCAUAAGUUCGUUGGGGCUUCACUGGACAAACGAUCUUCCAGGAUCAUACAGGUUUUCCCUUUUUUGCAAACUGGCGAUGAAGCCUGAUGGCUUAUUUUUAGUAGUGAUUCUUGGUGGAGAAACCUUAAAGGAGCUGAGGAUAGCAUGCACUUUGGCUCACAUGGAGCGUGAAGGAGGCAUUAGUCCCCGGCUAUCCCCUAUCCCCUUUGGCACAGACGACAAAACCAUAUAG